AUGCUUGUUUCUUGGAUCAUCAACACGUUAGAGCCAUCAAUCAGAUCAAGUUUGGGUGACUAUGAUAAUGCAAACUUGAUGUGGACACACUUGAAGAGAAGAUUCUGUGUUGUAAGCGGAACAAGGAUCUGUCAGCUCAAAGUGUCUCUGAGUGAGUGCAAACAAAAGAAUAAGGAAGGUGUAGAUGUCUACUUUGGAAGAUUAAACAAGAUAUGGGAUGAGUUGGUGAUAUAUGUGAAGGUACCUCAGUGUAAGUGUGGUAAGUGCGCUUGUAAUAUAGCAAGACAGGUUAGUACGUUAAGAGAAGAGGACUUCCUACAUUAUUUUUUGAUUGGAUUAGAUUCUGUGUAUAGCUCACUGCGUGAGCAGUUGUUGGAAAGAGAUCCAUUUCCAUCAAUAGACGUAGCCUACCAGACAAUGGUGAAUUCGGAGCGUCUGAGGAUAGGUGAUGUAGUUGUGUCAACGGAAGUACAAGAGAAUGUGAUGGCUUUCAGGGUUCAGUCUGAUCAGCGUCAGUUCAAUAAUACAUAUGAUCCUGCCAAGUUUUGCAAGCACUGUAGAAGAGAAGGACACUCGGAUGAAGGGUGUUUUCAGAUCAUUGGAUACCCAGAAUGGUGGGGAGACAGACCUAGAGGCGGAAGAAAUGGUAGAGGAGGCAGAACAGGUGGUAGAUGCCGAGCUGGUUUUUCCAAUGGCAGAGGAGGUAGAGGACAAGGAAAUGGCAAUCAGGUUAGAGCACACAAUCUGAAUAUAUCAGAGAAGACGUAUGCAUGUGGUGCGUGCUCAUCAGAUGGCUCAGGUUUGACGGGAGUAACAGCAACACAGCUUCAACAGGUGCUUGAGUUUUUAAAUACAAGAAAAUCCACGUCUCAGCUCCAAGGUAAGAAAACAGUAUGGAUUGUAGACACAUGGGCUACAAACCAUGUCACGUGUAAAAGGGAUGACAUGAUAGAUGUGAGAGAUAUUAAGGCAUGUUCAGUUGGUCUCCCAGAUGGGAAAUAUGCACAGUCUGAGAAAAUAGGAACCGUUAUUCUGCCUGGUGGUUUAAGACUAGACAACGUGCUUUAUGUGCCUCAAAUAACGUGUAACUUAAUUUCAGUCACACAGCUUAUUGAUGAGUUGGAAUGUAGUGUUCAAUUUGAAGUAAUGGCUGUCAGUGGAAAUACGUAUGAGCUGUGGCAUCGACGAAUGGUACAUCCAUCAGACAAAGUGUUACAAAGGUUACCAGAAGUUUCACAGACAUUUCUUAACUUUAUUGCUCUUGUGAAACGUCAAUUUAGUAAAGAAAUCAAAAUUGUUAGAAGUGAUAAUGGAACCGAGUUUAAUGCAUUGCGUGGAUAUUUUAGGACUAAUGGGAUAGUGUUUGAGACAUCAUGUGUUGGUACGCCUCAACAUAAUGGGAGAGUUGAGAGAAAACAUCAACAUAUACUGAAUGUGGCAAGAUCUUUGAGAUUUCAAGCCAAUUUGCCAAUAUAUUUUUGGGGAGAAUGCGCCUUAACUGCUACAUAUUUAAUUAAUCGUACACCUACACCUAUUCUAAACAAUAAAACUCCAUAUGAAAUAUUAUUUGGAAAUCAGCCUCCAUAUAAUCAGUUGAAGGUGUUUGGAUGCUUGUGCUAUGUACAUGAUAAAGGUAGUAACGGAUAUAAGUUUGCGAGUAGAGGAAGAAGAUGUGUAUUUAUUGGCUAUCCUUUUGGUAAGAAGGCAUGGCAAGUGUAUGAUUUAGAUGCAAGAAGGUUUCUAGUGUCAAGAGAUGUGAAGUUUUGUGAAUAUCAGUUUCCGUACAGGACUGAUUUGAAGGGAGAAUUGACUAAGACAGUACAACUGGGGUCAGAUCCAUCGACCGAGAAGGAUCAGUCGGAUUCUGGAGGUUCUGAGACUGCUGUUGAUGAUCCAGCUGAGACCGAGUCCACUGCAGACACUGAGACCGAUAUGCCUAGUGUCUUGACAGGGACUGAGAUCAUCGAUGAUUGUGGAAGUGUUGAUGUUAAUGAAGACGACACACUAUAA